CUCCUGUUUUCCCCACCCAAAAUGUUCUGGGCAUACGCCCAGCGAUUUGAUGAAAAAAAGGCAACUUGGGAAGAUAGGAAUUCAAGGAUGAGGCAUUGUAUAGGCAUUCUACUGACUUAACUUGGAAGAGGCAAGAACAAGCAGAACAGUUUGGGUCACAAAACUUGUUAUAGAUAUGGAGAGUGCCAUUAAGACGGUUGUUAUGCAGUACCUGUCUUCAGCACGGGGGAAAGAGAGCCUGAGUGGGAAGAGUUUCCAAAAGUUAGUCCAGGGCCAGCUGGGCAACAUUCUGGCAGACACAGACAGUUCUUCAGCAGUGAAGGACAUGAUGAAAGGACUGGAUGACAACCAGGAUGGCAAGGUCAGUUUCGAGGAGUAUAUGAGGCUGAUGGGCUACGUGGCUAACUCACUGAGUGAACAGAAAGCACAGAACAACACGAGUGGACCACAGGCCGAAGCACAAAAGCAUUGAUGACAUUUGAGUUAUUGUCACACUGACACAAAAUUUGUAAUGCCGGAGUCUUACAUUUACCGGAGUAUUACCGUAUACGUGCUAAAUCAAAUGAUUUUUUUUUGUUCCACAAGUUGUUGCUAAUUUUUUGCUUUUGUCUGAUUUCCAUGUAACAUGUAGUUAUCAUUUGUGAAUAUGAUUUAGUUGAUUCAAAUGUUGUAUGGUAAAUGUUAUACACAUUUUGUCCAGAUUUGUCCAUUUGUAAUAGGGAUGAGCUUAAAGGAAUGUUCCAGGUUCAAUGCAAGUUAAGCUUGAUCAAAAGCAUUUGCCCCUUAUUUAUAAAAAAGAAAAGAAAACAUAAUAAGCUAAAAGUGGUUUAAUUAAGGCACUUACAAAAAAAGUGAAAGGGGCCAGUUCAUAAACAUUAAAAUGCUCACUGUACCAAAAGAAUAGUCAUAAGUACAUAAAUAUUAUACAUGUUAACCUGAUAUCAGUCUGAUUAAAUUACUUACUAAUCUUAUCUGUGUCAAACCCCAGAAUCCUGGUAAGGAUUACUAAACUUAUCUAUGUAAAGUUAUACCACUCGAAAAUCAAUCUAAUAAGUAUAAUGUUUACGUUUUUGUGGUUGUCCUUAAAACGACUUGUAUUUUAGCAUUGUAUAUUAUUUUUGCUUUUUUUUUUUUUUUUUAAAUGAAGGGAUGAGUCGAAAUACUUUUUGUGGUAAUCAACAUUAUACCUAAAAAUGAUGUUGAUUGAGUUUAAUUUGUAUUGAACCUGGAACAUUUCUUUAAAUUAGAAGAUGUAUACACUACAUUUAUGGAAAAUGUUUUUGCUAAUACCUUUCAAUAAAAAAACAUGGCAAAAAUGACAAAAUCCUAAUUUUAGUUGUCAAGAAUCUUUUUAAAUAACAUUUUGUAACCUGUUCUACAGAACCAUAUAAGCUAUAGUAUACAUAACAGUUAAUAAUGUAAAAAAAAAUAUCAUAUUAGCAUUGAUUCUUGCAUGUUAAACUGUCUGACAUGUAAUAUGGGGAUGACGGUAUACACCAUGUUGAUCGGGGUACAACCUGUGCCCUUAUAUGAAUACAUUUGCUUUUAUGUGCACA